UCUUUAGUAUUAUUCACUCUAUACUUGUACAGGUUCUUUAUUUGUUUCAGAAACAGCAAGAAGAAGAAGAAUGGGUGCAUGUAUGAAGCUGAUUGACACCAUACUCUUCUUCUUGUUUCUGGUAUUGGCUGUGGCAGCGCCAUUGAUGGACGCGCAGGCAAUCCUCCCUCUCAAACUCUACCCAGACUUCUUGAUCAAUUUCAAUAACUGGUAUGUCAAGGAGCAUGGCGACUAUCUGGUGGCAGAGAAGACCCCUUUCUUCGUUGGAAUUAUUUGGUUGGAGCUGCUGUUUCUGUGGCCUCUUGCUCUUCUUAAUAUGUAUGGGAUUAUAGCUGCCAAGCCUUGGUUUAACACUACUUGCUUGAUCUAUGGCACCUCUAUUUUCACUUCAAUGGUUGCCAUAGUAGCAGAGCUGAUUGGUUCUGGCAGGGCAUCAGACAAGUUGAUGAUGAUUCACGCUCCAUGUUUGGGUAUUGGGCUCUUAGCCAUUCUGCGGGGUCUCGUGCCUCACUCUGGAAACACUGCUUCAGCCAUGGGAAAGAGAAAGAGGGCUUAAGUCAAUGUCCAUAUUCUAUAGUUGUUCUACUUUUUCUCUUAUUGAAAUGUUAGAAUGGAGAUGGAUAGAUUUUUCAGUAACGGAAUUAACUUAAUAAAAAGGGUUUUCUUCUUCA